UUCAAAACAACCAAAAGUAUUUAUUUUCACCCUACCAGCUUUAAAUUGACAUUAUAUUCUCACUGAUCCAAGAAGACAUUAAGCAAUAAUGAUAACAUUCUUCUUAGUUUUUCUUGGCCUACUACUGAUAUUUCUUGCAAGGUAUUUGUACAAAUCAUGGUGGUAUCCAAUUUCCUUACAACAUAUGAUGAAAUCACAAGGGAUCAGAGGUUCACCUUACAAGUUUCCUAAUGGGAAUGACACAGAAAUUAGAGACAUAGUAAUGAAAUCUAGUACUGCUCCUAUGGAGCUCACACAUGACAUGUUCUCAAGAUUGCAGCCUCAGUUCCACUUAUGGAUGAAGCUAUAUGGAAGAACUUUUCUUGUUUGGCAUGGUUCUCAGCCAGAAUUGGUUGUAACUGAUGUUAACUUGAUAAAAGAAAUUCUUAGCAACAAGGAGGGUGCAUUAGCUCAGCGUGAAUUUGAUGGUCCUUUAGUGGAUUUAUUUGGGAAUGGACUUCCUUUUUCAGAAGGACAGAAAUGGUCAAAACUUCGGAAAGUGGCUGAGUAUGCUUUCCAUGGACAAAGCUUGAAGGAAAUGAUUCCAGCAAUGAUAGGAAGUGCGGAAGCAAUGUUGAAAACAUGGAAAUCUUAUGAAGGUAAAGAAAUUGAAGUGUAUGAACAUUUCAGGAAUAUGAGCGCGGAGGUCAUCUCCAGAACUGCAUUCGGAAGCAGCUACUUGGAGGGGAAGCAUAUAUUCCAAAUGUUGGACAAAUUAUCUCUACUCAUUUAUAUGGCCUCGGGAAAGACUAGGAUUCCUGGAAUCAAGAAACUUUUCAGGACAUCUGAGGAUAUAGAAUCUGGCAAGCUUCGAGACGCUCUUAGUGACUCGAUCAUGUUAAUGCUAAAGAAAAGAGAAGAUAAUGUCAAAACAGGACAAGCAGAGAGUUAUGGAAGUGAUUUUCUUGGGUCACUCUUGAAGGCUCACCAUGAUGCUGAUGUGAAAACAAGAAUCUCAGUGGACGACAUCAUCGACGAAUGUAAAACAUUCUAUUUUGCUGCACAUGAAACAACCACCAAUCUACUAAGCUGGAGUGUUCUUCUCCUAGCAAUCCAUCCAGAUUGGCAAGAUAAAGCAAGAAAGGAAGUACGUGAACUCUACAGCCAAGAAAAUCCAAAGACAGAUAGCAUUUCAAGACUACACAUUGUGGGCAUGGUUUUAAAUGAGACUCUGAGGCUUUAUCCACCGGUGGUCUAUAUUUUAAGAAGAGCGACCAGAAACACAAAAUUGGGGGGCCUUACAAUUCCAGAAGGAAUUGGAUUGUAUGUUCCCCCUUUAUCAGUUCAGAAUAGCUGUGAAUUAUGGGGAGAAGACGCUCACCUUUUCAAACCGGAGAGAUUUGCUGAAGGGGUGGCUAAAGCAACAAGGGACCAGUUGAUGGCUUUUUUACCAUUCGGCUUUGGUCCUCGAAAAUGUGUUGGCAUGAAUUUUGUAAAUAUGGAAGCCAAAAUAGCACUCGCUAUGAUCUUGCAACGUUACAAGUUCACUCUUUCACCAAACUACACUCACUCGCCCGCUGUGAUUCUCAACCUACAGCCUAAACAGGGAGUCCAGAUCUUGCUUAAUCCACUGUAAAAUUAUCGAGUAUCAUAAUUAGUACUAAUAAAUUUUCACUUAGUUGGUGUUUCAUUAACACCCUGUUUGGAUUGUGUGUUCUUAUUCUUAUUGUCCUCUAUUGUUACU